AUGGAGGGCUUGCUGCAGCUGUCGGUGCUGCUGUGGAAGCAGCUGUACGUGCAGCGGCUGCGCGCGCGCCCGGUGUCCUUCGUGCUGGAGGUACUCGUAGCCCUGGUGCCAUUCGCGAAUAUCCACAACUCCAAGGGACGCUCGGGCAAGGACGCCUUCGUGGACAGCAUCAUCUACCCGGAGGUGACGCCGGACCUCGAGGAGCUGCACCUGCACGCGCUCUACUUCGGUCCCGACAACUCGUACACGAGGGCCACGGCCGACGUCAUCAAGAGCACGCUGCGGAACAUCGCCCCUCGCGCCGUGGACGACGAAGAGGAGAUGGCCAGGGUCGUGGCUUCGGCCAACGUGUCCGACCGCACCCUAGGCCUGUUCUUCCGCAAUGUGCCCGUGGACGAGCGCGCCUUCGUCAACCUCGACUACGUGGUCAUGUUCUCGUUCGGGACCUACCACAUCCUGGACUCGUUCAAGACGCGCGUCAGAUCCGGGCCGUCGGAAUAUCAGGACGAGAUGAGCGAGAGGCUGACGGCUGUUCAGGCCGUGGUGGAAGCACACCACGUCCGCACCUACCUGCGGUCGCUGGCCGCUGUCGGAGGCGCGAACCGUUCGUGGCCCGAGAUAAGCGUGAAGCUGCGCCAGUUCCCGUACCCGAUGUACCACGAGGACGAGGACAACACCAUGUUCCUCAUCGGCAUCCGCUGGGGCGCCGCCUUCAUCGUCCCCUUCUGCUACAUCAUCACCCGCGUGAUGCACGAACGCCACAGCGGCAUGCUGGCGCUCACGCGGCUGAUGGGCCUGCGGCGUUUCUGGACCUGGCUGGUGCAUUACGUCUGCUUCAUGCUCACCUGGACGCUGAGCUGCGUGCUGGUGCUGGCUUUGAUGACGCUGGUCGAGGGAUCCCAGGGCGUGCCCUUUGUCUACCUGGCCAACCCCAUGCUCGUGUUCGUCGCCAUGAUGCUCUUCGCCUCCGCCUACGUCCUGUUCGGCAUGCUCAUCUCCCUCUUCUUCGACAAGUCGAGUCUCGCGGUGGCGUUCGGUCUGCUCCUGUGGUCGGCGACCCUGGUGGUUCCUUUCCUGGCCUGGCACUGGAACAACAGGACGCUCACUGCCUACCUGGGACUGUCGCGCUGGGUCAAACUCGCCACCUCUCUGAUCCCCGUGCACGGACUCUACUACAUCUUCCGGAUCAUCGAGCUGUACGACUACUACGAGCGUAAGUUCGACUGGCCCAUGAUCUACAAGUACGCCCUGCUGAAGGACAACGUGCUGCCGUUCGAGAUCAUAUUGAUCAUGGGUUCCAUGUCGGGCCUCUUUGGCUUCCUCAUCUGGUACCUGGAGAUGGUGCUGCCCUGGACUGCCACCAUACCAGAACCGCUGCACUUCCCUUUCAAGGCGAGCUACUGGAACGUGGCCGAAGAGGAGAUCAAGCUGCCCGCCUCCCAUGAGAGUAUUCCGGACGAGAGCCAGGACAACUUCGAGGAGGAACCGAGGCACCUCCUACUGGUCGUCGAAGCCUUGAAUGUCAGCAAGGUGUACAGCAAGAAACACGCCGUGGACCACCUCACUCUCCGGCUUUACCACGGCCAGAUCUUGGUGUUGCUCGGUCACAACGGAGCUGGCAAGACAACGCUGGUGAACAUGCUCACGGGCAUGUUGCGGCCGACUUCUGGCACCGCCAUCAUCGAGGGCUUCGACCUGACGAAGGACCUCGAAGACGCUCUAGUGAACGUGAGGCUCUGCCCCCAGAAGAACCAGUUGUACGAACAGAUGACCGUCUAUGAACACCUCUUCUUUUUCGCGGCGAUUCAAAAGGUUUCUCGGGACGUGAUCGCGGACCAAAUCGACGCUCUCGUUAAUGUGCUGCGGCUUGGUUCGUUCCUGACCUCGUUUCCAAGGGCACUUCCCGCAGCCUUGAAGCGGAAACUGUGCAUUGCCCUCGCCAUCAUUGCCGAUCCCAAGGAUAUAUCCGUGCCGCCCGGGAUGUUCGCAGGAACGGGCUACCACUUGAAGAUCAGGAAGCGACCGAAGCGCUGCGACGUGCCGGGCAUCAUCUCGGUGGUCCAGUCGUACGUGCCCACGGCGCAUCUGGUCACGGACACGCCGAAGGAUCUGCGGCUCGCCAUGGGAGUCACCUCAUCCGAGGGCUUCGUUGAAAUGUUUAAGGUUCUCGAACGGCUCCGCUCCAAGAUGGGGAUCCUGAGCGUCUCCGUGUCGGUGACCACGAUGGAAGACGUGUACUGGAGGAUCGCCAACGACCUUAAAAGCGAAGAGACGCAGCCUGCCGACGGCGAAAGUUACGGCAAUGGCGCCGGCGCCGUGGACCUGGUGACGCUGCGAAGCCUGUGCAAGCGGCGCGUCAGCCACGUCUCGACGGCCAGUCGCACCAAGGCCCUGAUGCGCAAGCGGUUGCAGUACACGCGCAAGCAGUGGAAAAUCCUUUUGGUCGGGAUCGUCGUGCCCGCGCUCAUCAUCUUCGUCCAAGGCGUCCGAGAGGCAACGAUCGACAUUGAGUUCAAAAUGAAGCCUGUCUACAAGUACGACCUCAAGUCCAUGUUCGGCGGCGGUACACUAACCGUCAUGUCAGCCGACGAGAGCACCUUCUCGAUGGCACACGAUGUCUACCAGCCCUUGCUCCAGCACCACCUGAGCCAAGUGAGCGCGGUUCGUGACGUCACGGACCACGUGCUCGAACUGGGCAAUUCGAACCUGAACGCGUACCUGCACUGCUUGACCGGGGCAAGCUUCCGCAAGGACACCCCAGGCCCCGCGGGGGACUCCAAGUUCGUCGUGACGGCAUGGCACAAUGGCGAGGCCUACCACACGGCAGCCAUCGCUCUUAACUUGGUCCACACGGCGUUGCUCCGGUCGCUUUCGGACGAUAAAACGGCGUCUAUCACGCUUCGCGUUCGUCCCCAGCGGCGACUAGAGGAGUCUGCGCGGCAAGCCUUGACGGGCAGCUUCGCCUUGCGGGCAGUGGUGGAACGUACCAUUGCCUUCUCGAUGGCCAUGGCUCUGAUGAUCUCGGCCUUCGGGCCGUUUCCCGUGGCGGACCGCGUGAGCAAGUCCAAACACCUGCAGCUGAUGACGGGGCUCACGGGCAAGGUGUACUGGAUGGCAAACUUCCUGUUCGACUACAUCAUCUACUCGCUGGCCGUCUUCUGCUUCGUCGUUGUAAAUGUCUUCUUCUACAGCGAGUACACCGUCACGAUGAUCGUGACGCUGGAACAUUACCACCAGCUGUGCGGCACGAAAAGCGACCAUCGCCAGCAGGGGGGGACCAGCGCCCAGCAGGAUCCCGCGGAUGAGUUCACGGAGACCUGCUGCGCCGCUUUCCUGCGGUCUGACAAGACUGCCAUCCCCAAAGUGCGGCUCCCUUACACGGCGCUCAUCGAGGCAUUCGUGAUGAUCGGCGAGGCGCUGCUGUUCGUUGUGCUUCUCAUGUACCGGGACUCCGGAAGCUACGGGCGCUUCCGCACCUUCCUCAGGGCCAAGGUGCACCGGCGUCGGAUCUGGCCUCAGCCGCAGCAAGACGAAGACCUGGUGCGCGAGGAGACGCACGUGCGGAGCCUAAUCGCCAGCCACGAGCUGCGAGACGAGGUGCUCGCAGUCUUGGAGCUGUCCAAGUUCCGGAAAGGCUUGGCGGUGAACGCGGCCACGUUCUGCGUGCGUCAGGGCGAGAUCUUUGGCAUCUUGGGCGUGAACGGCGCCGGCAAGACGACCCUGUUUCGCAUGCUCACCGGCGACCUGACCACGGACAGGGGCCGGGCCCUGCUCAAGACCUCGCACGGCCUCUCCUCCAUCCGCGCCGACAUCAAGCAGUGGCAGUCCAGCGCCGGCUACUGUCCACAGCACGACGGCUUCCUGGAGCAGCUCAGCGGCUGGGACAUGCUGGCGCUGUUUGCCAGGCUGCGCGGGGUGCCAGAGCGCAUCGUGCCAGAGGUCGUCCGCAAGUUCUCUCAUCUGGUGGACCUCGAGUCGAUUGUGAACGACCCAAUCGACACGUACAGCAGCGGAUGUCGCCGCAAGCUGUCCAUCGGCCUGGCCAUCAUCGGGAUGCCCCCGGUCGUGUUCUUGGACGAACCGACCACGGGGGUGGACGUGGUGUCUCGCAAGAAGCUGUGGAGCUCGCUCAAGAGUCUACAGGCCACGGCCAGCAUGGCUAUCGUCAUGUCAUCUCAUAGCAUGGACGAAGUUGACUUCCUGUGCGACCGGGUGACCAUCAUGAUCGACGGCGAGUUCCAGUGCCUGGGCACCAUCGCGCACCUCAAGGCCAAGUACGCCCAGGGCUACACCAUGUGCGUCAAGACGCACGUGGAGUACAAGGACGACCUGGACUACACCAACAAGCUGCUCAGGACCAUCGUCAACACCUUUCCGGAGACCAAGCUCAGGGAGUCGUACGAGUGCUACCUGGAGUACCACAUGGCGGACAUCGGACUUCCCUGGAGCGAGCUGUUCGCCAUGGCCGAGACGGUCAAGCAGAAGCUCAACUUGCUCGAGCUCCUGCUCAGCAACACCACCCUAGACCAGAUCUACGUGGCGCUGGCCAAGAAGGAGGGCGCCCGGCGUCCGGCCGCCGACGAGAUCGAAGAGGACGAGGGAGACGCCGACGCCGAGGAGUCCAGGCCCACGCGCCGUGGAACAUCCCAGCUCUCCAAACAUUAA